AAACAGCAUUGGACUUCCGAAUCACGUGACAAAGCCUGAUCGUUCCAUCACAGGGUCCACCGACCAACCAACCUGUCAUUUUCUUGAUUACUUUAUCGAUAAUUCCUCACAUCAGCCACCAUGAUUAGACAAUAUCUUGGCGAUUCUGUGGACCUUUUUAGCGUCAUUGGAGCGGGAGUGACCGUGUUUGUUGCUUUUAAAGUUGCAAUCAGCCUCUUUCGAUUUAUAACAACACAUUUUCUGGCUAGCACACUAGGAUUACCGGCCAAUUUGAAGAAUGCCGGGUCAUGGGCAGUUAUCACUGGCUGUACAGAUGGGAUUGGCAAGGCGUACGCUGAACAGUUGGCAGCGAAGGGCCUCAAUGUUGUCCUCAUCAGUAGGACACUGUCCAAAUUGGAGGACAUGGCCAAAGAAGUUGAGAGUAAAUAUAAAGUAGAAACGAAAGUUAUUGCCGCAGACUUCUCUAGGGAAGACAUCUACGACGGUAUUAAGCUGAAAAUGAACGGCCUUGACAUUGGGGUCUUGGUGAAUAAUGUUGGUUGCUCGUAUGAAUAUCCGGAGUACUUUGGAGAGGUUGAGGAAGCUGACUUUUCACAGAAGAUGAUUCACAUGAACUGCACUUCUGUUGCAAUGAUGACUGAGAUUGUUCUCCCUGCUAUGGUGGCCAAGAAACGUGGCUACGUCAUCAACAUUGGAUCUAGUGCCGGGUUCAAACCAGCUCCACUCCUGGCUCUGUACUCUGGAACCAAGGGCUACGUGGAGAUGUUCACCAGGUCUCUGUACCAUGAAUACAUUGGACGGGGAGUCACUUUCCAGUAUGUGGCGCCUUACUUUGUGGUGAGCAAGCUGAGCAAGUUUCGACGCACCUCCCUGAUGGUGCCCAGUCCCAACGCCUUUGUCAGGAACGCGCUGAAGACAGUAGGGGUGCAGGCUUACACCACCGGCUACUGGGCUCACGACGUGCAGAGAUUCGUCCAUAGCUUCAUGCCUGCAUCCAUGUCGAUGUCAAUGAUGCAAGGUGCGAGGAAGAAAGCCUUGAAAAAGAAAGCGGCAGCCAAGUCCCAAUGAACAAGAAUUAAUUGAUAAGAACAGCGUAAAUCCCUUAGGUUUUCUAAGACAGGAAAUGUCAAAUUUCUAUCUCUGCCUCUCCCUCCCCCCCCCCCCCCCCCCUCCCCUCUCUCUCUCUCUCUCUCUCUCUCUCUCUCUCUCUCUCUCUCUCUCUCUCUCUCUCUUUCUCCCUCUCUUGGUCUCUCCGUUUUAUGUGUUUUGAAGUACAAGUGAAUGAGGGUGGUGAAAAUAAAUUAAGGUAAAGAGAUAAUUGAGCAGGAAUUAAAGUAAUUAGUAAUUGGCAAAAAUUUGAACAAAUAAAUAUCGCUUUUAUCACAGUGAGAUAGAUUUGCUUUUUAGUUUUUUAAAUGUACUUUUCUUGUGGAAAAAAAAAAAAGCACAUAUGAAAGGUAGUCUGUAAAAAUAAAAUUACUUAGGUUCGGCCUGCUAUGGAUUUGAACAUUUUUGGAGAUCCAAGUUGAUAAAUGUUUGAAGAUCAAGAUAUGCCUUUUGUCCUGUGCAUCUGUGGGAGAUAUUGGAGUGACAUUGAUAUGGUGGACACAAAGGCUAGGUGGCCCUUUGAGAGGGAUAAGCUUUUCCCUGAGUGCAGAUUCACCCUUUCCUUCCAUGGUCAGAAGUUUGUAAGUAAACACAAUCCCCACUGACUACUGGGCUAUGGUUAGGGAGAAAAGUCUCCUGACCUCAGCAAAUGUUUCUGAAGUAAAUUGAUACCGGAAACCUGUUGAUAAUAUUGUCUGAAGAUGUUCCAUUUUUUAUCUUGAUUUUAAUUUGAAUUGUUGAGUAAGAAGUGAAUGUGUGUUGCAGGUUGCUGUCUGUUGUGUUGAAUGUGGCCUCCUAGAAUUGUAUCUUUUAUGAUGCAUUGUUAUUUUUUCAGGAUAAAAAAGAACAAGAAAACUAAGUUAUUCCUGUAGUUUUGUUAUAAAAUGUAUACUCAGUUCUGAUCUAGGUUAAUACUGUAUCACACAAAUCAAAGAGACAUGUUGAGUAAGAAAUGUUUGUGUCAGGGGCAGUGGAAUCAGACGCUAGUCAAUUUUGGGGCAUGGGGAGUUAUUGGUAUCAUCUGAAAGCUGAUUUAUUUGCCUUGCUUCUGUGAUACUUUUGAGUGUGGUCUACAGUGUUGUGACUUUUAGUUUAUAGGGGUGACCGAGGUUUGGGUCAACAAUGAUAUCUAUAUGUUUCUUUCUUUUUUCAUGGUUUUUGCAUGUCAUCUUCAAUUUAUUUUUUCAUUGUAAAGGUGGUGUUGUUAACGGGGUUGGUCAUUCUGUGGUAUGAAUGUGAUUGCUUGUGGGUGUGUUUUUUCUUAUAAUAAACUUUUUAUCUGUCGCAUUAUAUUACCUGUCAUGAUAUGUGUGACCGUCUUGGAUUAAUUUGACCUUCUGAGCGAACGAAGUCGAAUGUUAGUUAGUGUGCAGUGUUUACACUAGUAGCAUAGCCUGUCUUUACUGUUUGUCUUUGGUAACAUUUGAACAUAUCAACAUGGAAUUUUGUUCAAAUUGUUUUUUGUUUUUUUGUUUUUUAAUAAGAAAAACUGUUUGCUGUUCCGCCCAGUAUCUGGGAACACCUUUCCAUGCUUUACUACAUUUUUAGAAAAUUAGUUCAUUUUUCUCCCAUUUUAGGUAGUUAAUGUAACUUUGUAAAUAUAAAAAGGAAAAAAAAGAAGAAGAAGGACUCAAAAUGCCAGAUCUCCAUCAGUGCCUCUCUUUUUCCAAAGAGAGAAGUUAAGUAGACUGCACCUAUUGAACAUGACGGGCACUAUUUGAGUCAGACGCCGACUAUUCCACGAGACAUGACUGCAUAGAUAACUCAUUCUGUCUCCCUGACCAGACAAGUUGUGCAUCCAUGUGACUGAAGAUUGCUCCAGGCUUCACAAACUCAGCAGGCACUAUUUGUGCUGUGUCAUGUGUUCAUGACAAGUGCGCAGAUUGCACUGUGUCUUCUUUUGUAGAUGGCAGAUAUUGAAGUAUGGUGUAUCAUGUGCUUGUUUUGCCGAACUUGAUGUUCGACACGGACGAGUCUGACUACUAUUCGGGGGUCCUGGCUGUGAAAAUGGCUGUUUUUCUUUGUUAGUGAUCUGUGUUGUGAUAUGGAUGGUGGAUGUUUUUCUUUCUUCUUUGGUGAUACUGUUGUUGAAAGUUGCUGUGUUUCUAUGUUGAGGAUCCUGCAAUGGCUGUUUGUCAUUGUUAGUGAUUGUGCAUUGCGAAAGUGUAUGCCUUUCUUUGCCGAUGAUUGUGCGUGGUGAAAGUGGCUGAUUAUCUCUGUUGGUCUUAUUUUUUUGGAAGAGGGUUGAGAUAUAUGGUUGCGGAAAAUAGAAAAUUUUCAGUCAAACCUGUUUGUACUGCUAACUCUGUGGGAGUGGGUGGAUGAGGGUUGUGGUUUGCUCUUCUUCUCCUACUUUUUUAAAAGUAUUGAUUUUGUCUUAUUUUUUUUGUCCUGGGUGAAGCAGGACCAGCAUCGUGUCUGCUCGCUAUGAAUGUGCUCCUAAAUGACCGAUGUACAACAGUCCAACCUGUACAAGACAACCGCCCAUUUUUGCGGAGAAAAAUGGUCAUUUAGUCAGGUGGUCCUCUUUGGACAGUGUUAUUAUAAUUUUGAAAAAAAA